AGGCACCACGCUGGCUUUUGCCUGGGGUUCUCAGGAGGGGAGAGUUGGGAGUGGAUUUGCUGCUGAGGAGAUUUAUUUGAUAACUUGAAGGGUUGAACAAGAGCUACAGAAAAGGAAAGAAAAAUAUCCAUAUAAACCAAUGGUUUUCCGAAAGAGAAUAACCCCAUUGCCUUGAGUGUGUAGGUGCCACCACUGCUUGAGGACAAUGGCAGAUGACGAAGAGUAUGAGGAGGUGGUGGAGUACUACACAGAGGAGACAGUGUAUGAAGAGGUACCAGGAGAGACAAUAACAAAAAUCAUAGAAACUACAACUACAAGGACAAUACCCGGCUAUGACGAAUCAGAAACUUCCACACCAGCACUGGCACAGCCAGAACCGGCAAAGCCAACAACAGAGAGGAAGAAGGUCAUCCGCAAGAAGGUGGACUCUUCCAAGUUCAUGACCCCCUACAUUGAACACAGUCAGAAGAUGCAGAAUCUGUUUAGCCCAAAUAAAUACAAGGAGAACUAUGAGAAAGCAAAAGGACAGUCAUAUGCCAGCACAACCGAUACUCCAGAACUUCGUAGAAUCAAGAAAGUACAAGAUCAACUCAGCGAGGUUAAGUAUCGAAUGGAUGGCGAUGUUGCUAAAACUAUCUGUCAUGUGGAUGAAAAAGCUAAAGAUAUUGAACAUGCAAAGAAAGUGUCGCAGCAAGUCAGCAAGGUUUUAUAUAAGCAGAACUGGGAAGACACCAAGGAUAAGUACCUGCUUCCCCCUGAUGCCCCUGAACUUGUCCAGGCCAUUAAGAACACAGCCAUGUUCAGUAAGAAACUGUACACCGAAGACUGGGAUGCCGACAAAAGUUUGUUUUACCCAUAUAAUGAUAGCCCAGAACUCAGGAGGGUCGCCCAGGCCCAGAAAGCUCUCAGUGAUGUUGCCUACAAAAAAGGUCAUGCUGAACAGCAAUCUCAAUUCACGCCUCUGGCUGAUCCUCCAGAUAUAGAAUUUGCCAAGAAAGUAACCAAUCAAGUGAGCAAGCAAAAAUACAAAGAAGACUAUGAAAAUAAAGUCAAAGGCAAAUGGAGUGAGACACCUUGCUUUGAAAUUGCGACUGCCAGAAUGAACGCUGACAACCUCAGCACAAGGAAAUAUCAGGAAGAUUUUGAGAACAUGAAAGACCAGAUCUACUUCAUGCAGACCGAAACGCCAGAAUAUAAAAUGAAUAAACAAGCUGGGGUGGCAGCUAGCAAGGUAAAAUAUAAAGAAGAUUAUGAAAAAAAUAAAGGAAAAGCAGAUUAUAAUGUACUUCCUGCCUCAGACAACCCACUGCUCAGGCAGUUGAAGGCCGCUGGAAAUGUCCUGAGUGAUAAACUAUACAAAGAAAACUAUGAAAAGACAAAGGCAAAGAGCAUAAAUUACUGCGAGACCCCCAAAUUUAAGCUCGAUACAGUUUUACACAACUUCAGUAGUGAUACCAAAUAUAAAGAUUCCUACUUAAAGAAUAUUUUGGGACACUAUGUGGGCAGUUUUGAAGAUCCUUAUCAUUCACACUGCAUGAAAGUCACAGCUCAAAACAGCGAUAAAAACUACAAAGCAGAAUAUGAAGAGGACAGAGGCAAAGGCUUCUUCCCUCAGACCAUAACUCAGGAAUACGAAGCAAUCAAGAAGCUGGAUCAGUGUAAAGACCACACCUACAAAGUCCCUCCAGAUAAGACAAAGUUCACUCAAGUGACCGACUCUCCCGUCCUGGUACAAGCUCAAGUCAAUUCCAAACAACUGAGUGAUCUAAAUUACAAAGCAAAACAUGAAAAUGAGAAGUUCAAGUGCCACAUACCUCCGGAUACUCCUGCCUUCAUCCAGCACAAAGUCAAUGCCUAUAAUCUGAGUGAUAAUGUUUAUAAGCAAGACUGGGAGAAGAGCAAAGCCAAGAAGUUCGACAUCAAGGUGGACGCCAUCCCCCUGCUGGCAGCCAAGGCCAACAGCAAGAAUGCCAGCGAUGUGAUGUACAAGAGAGACUAUGAGAAGAGCAGGGGGAAGAUGAUUGGGGCCCUCAGCAUCAACGAUGAUCCGAAGAUGCUGCAUUCUCUGAAGACGGCCAAAAACCAGAGCGAUAGAUUAUACAAGGAAAACUAUGAGAAGACAAAGGCAAAGAGCAUGAAUUACUGCGAGACCCCUAAAUAUCAACUCGACACUCUGCUGAAGAGUUUCAGUGAGGCUAAGUAUAAAGAUUCAUAUGUGAAGAAUAUUUUGGGACAUUAUGUAGGCAGCUUUGAGGACCCCUAUCAUACUCACUGCUUGAAAGUUUCUGCUCAAAACAGUGACAAAAGUUAUAAAGCAGAAUAUGAAGAAGACAAAGGGAAAUGCUACUUCCCUCAGACAAUAACACAAGAAUAUGAAGCAAUCAAGAAGCUGGACCAGUGUAAAGAUCAUACCUACAAAGUUCAUCCGGAUAAAACUAAAUUCACAGCAGUAACUGAUACUCCUGUACUAUUGCAAGCUCAGCUCAAUAGCAAGCAGCUCAGUGAUCUGAAUUAUAAAGCAAAGCAUGAAAGUGAGAAGUUCAAGUGCAACGUGCCGGCAGACGCGCCACAAUUCAUCCAGCACAGAGUCAACGCCUAUAACCUGAGUGAUAACAUUUAUAAGCAAGACUGGGAGAAGAGCAAAGCCAAGAAGUUCGACAUCAAGGUGGACGCCAUCCCCCUGCUGGCAGCCAAGGCCAACAGCAAGAAUGCCAGCGAUGUGAUGUACAAGAGAGACUAUGAGAAGAGCAGGGGGAAGAUGAUUGGGGCCCUCAGCAUCAACGAUGAUCCCAAGAUGCUGCACUCUCUGAAGACGGCCAAAAACCAGAGUGAUCGUGAAUAUCGUAAAGACUAUGAAAAGUCAAAAACUAUCUACACAGCACCACUUGAUAUGGUCCAAGUCACUCAAGCUAAGAAAUCUCAGGAGAUUGCCAGCGAUGUGGACUACCGACACAUCUUACACAACUACAGCUACCCACCAGACAGCAUCCACAUGGAUCUCGCCAAGAAGGCGUAUGCACUGCAGAGCGAUGUUGAAUACAAAGCUGACUACAACAGCUGGAUGAAAGGCUGUGGCUGGGUGCCUUUUGGGUCCCUAGAAAUGGAAAAAGCGAAGCGAGCUUCAGACAUCCUUAAUGAGAAAAAAUAUCGCCAGCAUCCAGACACACUCAAGUUUACCUCAAUUGAAGAUGCUCCCAUUACAGUACAGUCUAAAAUCAACCAGGCCCAGAGAAGUGAUAUUGCUUACAAAGCCAAAGGAGAGGAAAUUCUGCACAAAUACAGCCUGCCAGCAGAUCUGCCACAAUUUAUUCAGGCUAAAGUGAAUGCUUAUAAUAUCAGUGAGAGCAUGUACAAAGCAGACUUGAAAGACUUAAGCAAGAAGGGGUAUGAUCUGAGAACUGAUGCUAUUCCCAUCAAAGCUGCCAAGGCUGCCAGGCAGGCAGCCAGUGAUGUUCAGUACAAAAAAGAUUAUGAAAAAGCUAAAGGGAAGAUGGUUGGAUUCCAAAGUCUCCAAGAUGACCCUAAACUGGUUCAUUACAUGAAUGUGGCCAAGAUACAGUCAGACCGGGAAUAUAAAAAGGACUAUGAAAAGACAAAGACCAAGUACAACACGCCUCAUGACAUGUUCAAUGUUGUGGCAGCCAAGAAGGCGCAGGACGUGAUCAGCAACGUCAACUACAAGCAUUCCCUGCACCAUUACACUUACCUGCCCGACGCCAUGGACCUCGAGCUCUCCAAAAACAUGAUGCACAUCCAGAGUGAUAACACCUACAAAGAAGACUACAACACCUGGAUGAAGGGCAUUGGCUGGAUACCCAUUGGCAGCCUUGACGUAGAGAAAGUCAAAAAGGCAGGCGAUGCCCUCAACGAGAAGAAGUACAGACAACACCCAGACACGCUCAAGUUUACCAGCAUCGUGGACUCCCCGGUUAUGGUCCAGGCAAAGCAGAACACACAGCAAGUCAGCGAUAUCUUAUAUAAAGCUAAAGGAGAAGAUGUGAAGCAUAAAUAUACAAUUAGUCCUGAUCUUCCACAGUUUCUCCAGGCCAAGUGCAACGCUUACAAUAUAAGUGAUGUCUGUUACAAACGGGACUGGCAUGAUUUAAUAGCCAAGGGCAACAAUGUCCUGGCUGAUGCUAUUCCCAUCACUGCAGCCAAAUCAUCAAGAAACAUUGCCAGCGACUAUAAAUACAAAGAAGCAUACGAGAAGGCCAAGGGAAAGCAUGUGGGAUUUAGAAGCCUGCAGGAUGAUCCCAAGCUGGUCCAUUACAUGAAUGUGGCAAAGCUACAGUCUGAUCGUGAAUACAAGAAGAACUAUGAGAACACGAAAACCAGCUACCAUACCCCUGGUGACAUGGUUAGCAUUACAGCUGCAAAGAUGGCCCAGGACGUAGCCACCAACGUCAACUACAAACAACCAAUACAUCACUACACGUACUUACCUGAUGCCAUGAGUCUUGAGCACACGAGGAAUGUGAAUCAGAUCCAGAGCGAUAAUGUGUAUAAAGAUGAGUACAACAACUUCUUCAAAGGCAUUGGGUGGAUCCCGAUUGGCUCUCUGGAGGUUGAGAAGGCCAAGAAGGCAGGCGAUGCAUUAAAUGAGAGGAAGUAUCGACAGCACCCUGAUACUAUCAAGUUCACAAGUGUGCCUGACUCCAUGGGCAUGGUUUUGGCACAGCAGAACACAAAGCAAAUAAGUGAUCUGAACUACAAGGUGGAGGGAGAAAAAGUGAAGCACAAGUACACAAUUGACCCUGACCUGCCUCAGUUCAUUCAAGCCAAGGUCAACGCCAUCAACAUGAGCGACGCUCAUUAUAAAGCAGACUGGAAGAAAACUCUUGCUAAAGGCUAUGAUUUGAGAGCUGAUGCCAUCCCCAUUGUCGCUGCCAAAAGCUCAAGGAACAUUGCGAGUGACUGCAAAUACAAAGAGGCUCAUGAGAAAGCUAGAGGCAAGCAAAUUGGGUUUCUCAGUCUCCAAGAUGACCCUAAACUGGUUCACUACAUGAAUGUGGCCAAGAUUCAAUCAGACCGGGAGUACAAGAAAGGCUACGAAGCCAGCAAGACCCACUACCACACGCCGCUGGAUAUGUUCAGCGUGACCGCUGCCAAGAAAUCCCAGGAGGUUGCUACCAACACCAACUACAGACAGCCCUUCCACAACUACACGCUGCUGCCUGAUGCGCUGGGUGUGGAACACUCCAGGAACGCUAUGCAGAUUCAGAGUGAUAAUCUCUACAAAUCUGACUUCACAAACUGGAUGAAAGGGAUUGGCUGGGUGCCCAUAGAGUCCCUGGAGGUGGAGAAGGCAAAGAAAGCAGGAGAGAUUUUGAGUGAAAAGAAAUAUCGCCAGCACCCCGAGAAGCUGAAGUUCACCUAUGCUAUGGACACAAUGGAGCAGGCGCUGAACAAAAGCAACAAACUGAAUAUGGACAAGAAACGCUACACUGAAAAAUGGAACAAAGAUAAGAUGACCAUUCACGUCAUGCCAGAUACUCCAGACAUUUUACUCUCCAGAGUAAACCAAAUCACCAUGAGUGAUAAACUGUACAAAGCUGGCUGGGAAGAAGAAAAGAAGAAAGGCUAUGACCUAAGGCCUGAUGCCAUCUCAAUAAAGGCUGCAAGAGCCUCUAGAGACAUCGCCAGCGAUUACAAAUACAAGCAAGCCUAUGAACAAGCCAAGGGGAAACACAUUGGCUUCCGGAGCCUAGAAGAUGACCCCAAGUUGGUGCAUUUCAUGCAAGUGGCCAAGAUGCAGUCAGAUCGGGAAUACAAGAAGGGAUAUGAGAAAUCCAAGACCUCAUUCCACACCCCAGUGGACAUGGUCAGCGUGGUGGCAGCAAAGAAGUCUCAGGAAGUGGCUACUAAUGCCAAUUACAGGAACAUAAUUCACACCUACAACAUGCUUCCUGAUGCUAUGAGCUUCGAAUUGGCCAAGAAUAUGAUGCAGAUCCAAAGUGAUAAUCAGUACAAAGCUGAUUAUGCUGACUUCAUGAAGGGCAUUGGCUGGCUCCCUCUGGACUCCUUGGAAGCUGAGAAGAACAAGAGAGCCAUGGAGAUCAUUAGUGAAAAGAAGUAUCGGCAGCACCCAGACACUUUGAAGUACUCCACACUGAUGGACUCAAUGAACAUGGUUUUGGCCCAGAAUAAUGCAAAAAUUAUGAAUGAACACCUCUACAAACAAGCCUGGGAAGCUGACAAGACCAAAGUCCACAUCAUGCCUGACAUCCCUGAGAUUAUUUUGGCAAAGGCAAAUGCAAUCAACAUGAGUAAUAAACUCUACAAGCUUUCUUUGGAAGAGUCUAAAAAGAAAGGUUACGAUCUCAGGACAGAUGCAAUUCCUAUCAAAGCUGCCAAGGCCUCACGGGACAUCGCAAGUGACUAUAAAUAUAAGUACAAUUAUGAAAAGGAGAGAGGAAAAAUGGUCGGCUUCCGCAGCCUUGAGGAUGAUCCCAAACUAGUCCAUUCCAUGCAAGUGGCUAAGAUGCAAUCUGAUCGAGAAUACAAGAAAAACUACGAGAAGACAAAGACCAGCUACCACACCCCUGCUGACAUGCUCAGUGUCACCGCUGCAAAGGAUGCCCAAGCUAACAUCACCAACACUAACUACAAGCACCUGAUCCACAAGUACAUCCUCCUGCCUGAUGCGAUGAACAUCGAGCUGACCAGGAACAUGAAUCAUAUACAGAGUAACAAUGAAUAUAAACAAGACUACAAUGAAUGGUACAAAGGCCUUGGCUGGAGUCCAGCUGGUUCCCUAGAAGUGGAGAAGGCCAAGAAAGCCACAGAAUAUGCCAGUGAUCAGAAAUAUCGCCAGCAUCCUAGCAACUUCCAGUUUAAGAAGCUGAAUGAUUCCAUGGACAUGGUGCUUGCAAAGCAGAACGCGCAUACCAUGAACAAGCACUUAUACACUGUUGAUUGGAAUAAGGAUAAGACCAAGAUUCAUGUGAUGCCUGAUACACCAGAUAUUCUCCAAGCCAAGCAGAACCGAACACUCUAUAGUCAGAAACUCUAUAAACUUGGGUGGGAAGAAGCUUUGAAGAAAGGCUAUGACCUCCCAGUGGAUGCAAUUUCUGUGCAGCUGGCCAAAACAUCAAGGGACAUCGCUAGUGAUUUUAAAUAUAAACAAGGCUACCGGAAGCAGCUUGGACACCAUAUUGGAUUCCGGAGUUUGCAAGAUGACCCCAAACUUGUAUUGUCUAUGAACGUAGCCAAAAUGCAGAGUGAAAGAGAGUAUAAGAAAGACUUUGAGAAGUGGAAAACCAAGUACACAAGUCCUGUGGACAUGUUGGGUGUGGUGCUGGCCAAGAAAUGCCAGGCCUUGGUUAGCGAUGUGGACUACAGGCACCACUUACAUCAGUGGACAUGCCUGCCCGACCAGAAUGAUGUUAUCCAAGCUAAAAAAGUGUAUGAACUACAGAGUGAGAAUUUGUAUAAGUCUGACCUGGAGUGGCUGAAGGGCAUAGGAUGGAGUCCACUGGGUUCUUUGGAAGCAGAAAAGAAUAAGCGGGCUUCAGAAAUCAUCAGUGAAAAGAAAUAUCGUCAGCCUCCAGACAGAAACAAGUUUACCAGCAUUCCUGAUGCCAUGGACAUAGUUCUGGCAAAGACAAAUGCCAAAAAUCGGAGUGAUAGACUUUAUAGAGAAGCGUGGGACAAGGACAAGACUCAAAUUCACAUCAUGCCAGACACACCUGACAUCGUUCUGGCUAAGGCAAACUUAAUCAAUACAAGCGAUAAACUCUACCGAAUGGGUUAUGAAGAGCUGAAGAAGAAAGGCUACGACCUCCCUGUGGAUGCCAUACCCAUCAAAGCAGCGAAAGCAUCCCGGGAAAUUGCCAGUGAAUACAAGUACAAAGAAGGCUUUCGCAAGCAACUGGGUCACCACAUUGGUGCACGGAACAUUAAGGAUGACCCCAAGAUGAUGUGGUCCAUGCAUGUGGCCAAGAUCCAGAGUGACAGGGAGUACAAGAAGGACUUCGAGAAGUGGAAGACCAAGUUCAGCAGCCCGGUGGACAUGCUGGGUGUGGUGCUGGCCAAGAAGUGCCAGACCUUGGUGAGCGACGUGGACUACAAGCACCACCUGCACCAGUGGACAUGUCUGCCCGACCAGAACGACGUCACCCACGCCCGGCAGGCCUAUGACCUCCAGAGUGAUAAUUUGUACAAGUCCGAUCUUAACUGGCUAAAAGGUAUUGGGUGGAUACCUACUGGCUCUCUUGAGGAUGAGAAGAACAAAAGAGCCACUCAGAUUCUCAGUGACCAUGUUUACCGUCAGCACCCAGAUAAAUUCAAAUUUUCCAGCCUUAUGGAUUCCAUACCAAUGGUAUUGGCAAAAAACAAUGCUAUUACCAUGAACCAUCACCUCUACACAGAAGGCUGGAAUAAAGAUAAAACUAGCAUCCACAUUAUGCCGGACACUCCCGAGGUUUUACUAGCUAAACAAAACAAAAUAAACUACAGUGAGAAAUUAUAUAAACUCGGUCUAGAAGAAGCCAGGAAGAAAGGCUAUGACAUGCGACUCGAUGCCAUUCCCAUCAAGGCGGCCAAGGCCUCCAGAGACAUCGCCAGUGAUUUCAAGUACAAAGAAGGCUAUCGAAAGCAACUGGGUCACCAUAUCGGUGCUCGGGCUAUACAUGAUGACCCCAAGAUGAUGUGGUCCAUGCAUGUGGCCAAGAUCCAGAGUGACAGGGAGUAUAAGAAAGACUUCGAGAAGUGGAAGACCAAGUUCAGCAGCCCGGUGGACAUGCUGGGCGUGGUGCUGGCCAAGAAGUGCCAGACCUUGGUGAGCGACGUGGACUACAAGCACCACCUGCACCAGUGGACGUGUCUGCCCGACCAGAAUGACGUCAUCCACGCCCGGCAGGCCUACGACCUCCAGAGCGACAAUAUGUACAAAUCAGAUCUCCAGUGGCUGAGAGGCAUUGGCUGGGUGCCCAUCGGCUCUUUGGAUGUGGAAAAGUGCAAAAGGGCGACUGAGAUUUUGAGUGAUAAGAUCUACCGUCAGCCUCCAGACAAGUUCAAGUUUACAAGCGUGACUGAUUCUCUGGAACAAGUGCUGGCCAAGAAUAACGCCAUCACUAUGAACAAGCGUUUGUACACAGAAGCCUGGGACAAAGACAAGACCCAGAUCCACAUAAUGCCAGAUACACCAGAAAUUAUGUUGGCGAGAAUGAACAAAAUCAACUACAGUGAGAGUCUGUAUAAACUUGCCAAUGAAGAAGCUAAGAAGAAGGGCUACGACCUGCGGAGUGAUGCCAUCCCCAUUGUGGCGGCCAAGGCCUCCAGAGACAUCGCCAGCGAUUACAAAUACAAAGUGGGUUACCGCAAGCAACUGGGCCACCACAUUGGUGCACGGAACAUCGAGGAUGACCCCAAGAUGAUGUGGUCCAUGCAUGUGGCCAAGAUCCAGAGUGACAGAGAGUAUAAGAAGGACUUCGAGAAGUGGAAGACCAAGUUCAGCAGCCCGGUGGACAUGCUGGGCGUGGUGCUGGCCAAGAAGUGCCAGACCUUGGUGAGUGACGUGGACUACAAGCACCACCUGCACCAGUGGACAUGUCUGCCCGACCAGAACGACGUCAUCCACGCCCGGCAGGCCUACGACCUCCAGAGCGACAACAUUUAUAAAUCUGAUCUGCAAUGGCUGAGAGGCAUCGGCUGGGUCCCCAUUGGGUCGCUGGAUGUGAUCAAAUGCAAGAGAGCUGCGGAGAUCCUGAGCGACAACAUCUACCGCCAGCCUCCAGACAAGCUGAAGUUCACCAGCGUGCCUGAUUCCCUGGAACAGGUGCUGGCCAAGAGCAACGCCCUCAACAUGAACAAGCGCUUAUACACAGAAGCCUGGGACAAAGACAAGACCCAAAUCCAUAUUAUGCCUGAUACACCUGAAAUUAUGUUGGCGAGACAAAAUAAAAUAAAUUACAGUGAGAGCCUCUAUCGCCAGGCCAUGGAAGAAGCCAAAAAGGAAGGUUAUGAUUUAAGAAGUGAUGCCAUUCCCAUCGUGGCUGCCAAGGCCUCUCGCGACAUCGCCAGUGAUUAUAAAUACAAAGAAGGCUAUCGGAAGCAGUUGGGCCACCACAUUGGUGCCCGAGCCAUACACGAUGACCCCAAGAUGAUGUGGUCUGUCCACGUUGCCAAAAUGCAGAGUGACCGUGAGUACAAGAAAGAAUUUGAGAAAUACAAGACAAGGUUCAGCAGCCCCGUGGACAUGCUGGGUAUUGUUUUGGCCAAGAAGUGCCAGACCUUGGUCAGUGAUGUGGACUAUAAACACCUUCUGCAUGAGUGGACCUGUCUCCCUGACCAGAACGAUGUCAUUCAGGCACGAAAAGCCUACGACCUCCAGAGCGAUAACUUGUAUAAGUCAGACCUUGAAUGGAUGAAAGGCAUUGGCUGGGUUCCAAUUGGUUCCCUGGAAGUCCUUAAAGCCAAGAGAGCCACAGAGAUACUGAGUGAUAACAUUUACCGCCAGCGUCCAGACGCACUAAAAUUUACCAGUGUCACCGACUCUCUGGAGCAGGUGUUGGCAAAGAAUAACGCACUGAACAUGAAUAAGCGCUUAUAUAUUGAAGCCUGGGAAAAUGACAAGAAAACAAUCCAUGUCAUGCCUGACACACCAGAAAUCAUGCUAGCCAAACUCAACCGAAUAAACUACAGUGAUAAACUUUAUAAACUUGCUCUGGAAGAGUCCAAGAAGGAGGGCUAUGACUUGCGUGUUGAUGCUAUUCCAAUUCAAGCUGCCAAGGCUUCUAGAGACAUUGCCAGCGAUUACAAGUACAAGGAAGGUUACCGCAAACAGCUUGGCCACCACAUUGGUGCACGAAACAUUAAGGAUGACCCCAAGAUGAUGUGGUCCAUCCAUGUGGCCAAGAUCCAGAGUGACAGGGAAUACAAGAAGGACUUCGAGAAGUGGAAGACCAAGUUCAGCAGCCCAGUGGACAUGCUGGGCGUGGUGCUGGCCAAGAAGUGCCAGAUCCUCGUGAGCGACAUAGACUAUAAGCACCCUCUCCAUGAGUGGACAUGCCUGCCAGAUCAGAACGAUGUCAUUCAGGCUCGGAAGGCCUAUGACCUGCAAAGCGAUGCUAUUUACAAGGCUGACCUGGAGUGGCUGAGAGGCAUCGGGUGGGUUCCCAUCGGCUCUGUGGAGGUUGAGAAGGUCAAGAGAGCUGGAGAAAUCCUGAGUGACAGGAAGUACCGCCAGCCAGCAGACCAGCUCAAAUUCACAUGCAUUACAGACACCCCGGAAAUUGUCCUGGCAAAGAGCAAUGCCCUCACAAUGAGCAAGCAUUUGUACACGGAAGCUUGGGAUGCUGACAAGACCUCCAUCCACGUGAUGCCAGACACCCCAGAAAUCCUGCUGGCCAAGAGCAAUUCUGCCAAUAUUAGCCAAAAACUUUAUACUAAGGGAUGGGAUGAAUCUAAGAUGAAGGACUAUGACCUGAGACAAGAUGCCAUUUCCAUCAAAAGUGCCAAGGCCUCCAGGGACAUCGCCAGUGAUUACAAAUACAAGGAAGCAUAUGAGAAACAGAAAGGCCACCACAUCGGAGCCCAGAGCAUUGAAGAUGAUCCCAGGAUUAUGUGUGCCAUCAAUGCAGGGAAGAUUCACAGUGACAGGGAGUACAAGAGGGAAUUCCAGAAGUGGAAGACCAAGUUCAGCAGCCCGGUGGACAUGCUAGGCGUGGUGCUGGCCAAGAAGUGCCAGACUCUGGUCAGCGAUGUUGACUAUCGCAACUACCUGCAUAACUGGACAUGCCUACCUGACCAAAAUGAUGUCAUCCAGGCAAAGAAGGCCUAUGAAUUGCAGAGUGAUAACGUGUACAAAGCAGACCUGGAAUGGCUGCGCGGCAUUGGCUGGAUGCCGGAAGGUUCUGUAGAAAUGACCAGAGUCAAGAGUGCUCAGGAUCUGAUAAAUAAACGGCUCUACAGAACACCACCAGAAGCCUUGAAGUUCACCUGCAUUGUGGACACUCCCGAAAUUGUCCUGGCAAAAGCCAACUCUCUGCAAAUGAGUGAAAAACUAUAUCAAGAAGCCUGGAACAAAGAUAAAACCAACAUCUCCAUCCCUUCAGAUACCCCAGUCAUGCUACAGGCCCAAAUCAACGCCUUGCAAAUCAGCAAUAAACUGUACCAAAAAGACUGGGAUGAGGCCAAGCAGAAAGGCUACGACCUAAGAGCAGAUGCCAUUGAGAUCAAACACGCCAAAGCCUCCAGAGAAAUUGCCAGUGAGUACAAAUACAAAGAAGGCUACCGCAAGCAGUUAGGCCACCACGUGGGUUUCCGCUCCUUACAAGACGACCCCAAGUUGGUAUGGUCUAUACACGCUGCCAAGAUCCAGAGUGACAGAGAAUACAAGAAAGCUUAUGAGAAGUCUAAGGCAAUUUACAACACACCUUUGGACAUGAUGUCAAUUGUUCAAGCCAAAAAGUGCCAAGUCCUGGUUAGCGAUGUUGACUACCGCAAUUACCUGCACCAGUGGACGUGUCUGCCCGACCAGAACGAUGUGAUCCAGGCUAAGAAAGCCUAUGAACUGCAGAGUGAUAAUGUGUACAAAUCGGACCUGGAAUGGAUGAAGGGUAUUGGAUGGUUGACAGAGGGUUCUGUGGAUGUGCUGAGAGUGAAGAAUGCUCAAAAUCUUUUGAAUGAAAGGCUGUAUCGUACAAGACCCGAGGCUCUCAAGUUCACCAGCAUUGUUGAUACCCCCGAAGUGAUCCUGGCAAAGAUCAACGCAGUACAGAUCAGUGAGCCACUGUACCGAGAUGCCUGGGACAAGGAGAAGGCUAACGUGAAUGUGCCUGCCGACACGCCCGUGAUGCUGCAGUCCAAACUCAACGCUCUCCAGAUCAGCAACAAACACUACCAGCAAGCUUGGGAAGAUGUCAAGAUGACAGGUUAUGACAUUCGAGCAGAUGCCAUUGGGAUCCAGCAUGCCAAGGCUUCCAGGGAUAUCGCCAGCGACUAUCUGUAUAAGACAGCUUAUGAAAAGCAGAAAGGCCACUACAUCGGGUGUCGCAGUGCCAAGGAAGAUCCAAAGUUGGUUUGGGCAGCAAAUGUAUUGAAGAUGCAGAAUGACAGGCUGUACAAAAAGGCCUACAAUGACCACAAGGCCAAGAUCUCCAUCCCGGGAGACAUGGUGUCCAUCAACGCGGCCAAGGAAGGCCAGGCGCUGGCCAGCAACGUGGACUAUCGGCAGUACCUGCACCAGUGGUCUUGCUUUCCUGACCAGAAUGAUGUGAUUCAAGCCAGAAAAGCCUACGACCUGCAGAGUGACGCCAUCUACAAGGCUGACCUGGAGUGGCUACGGGGCAUUGGCUGGAUGCCUGAGGGAUCUCCUGAAGUCCUGAGGGUCAAAAAUGCCCAGGAGAUCUUAUGUGACAGUGUCUAUCGGACACCUGUGGUGAAACUCAAGUAUACAAGCAUUGUUGACACCCCUGAAGUUGUCCUUGCUAAAUCGAAUGCUGAAAAUAUUAGCAUUCCAAAAUACAGAGAAGUUUGGGACAAAGAUAAAACUUCAAUCCACAUUAUGCCAGAUACUCCAGAAAUUAAUCUUGCGCGAGCCAACGCUCUCAACGUGAGCAAUAAAAUUUACCGUGAGGGCUGGGAUGAAGUGAAGAUGAGCUGUGAUGUGCGGCUGGACGCCAUCCCUAUCCAGGCUGCUAAGGCCUCCAGAGAGAUAGCCAGUGAUUAUAAAUACAAGCUUGACCAUGAAAAGCAGAAGGGACACUAUGUGGGCACCCGGACAGCCAAGGAUGACAACAAGAUCCGGUGGGCCCUAAUAGCUGGCAAGCUUCAGAAUGAAAGAGAGUACCGGCUACACUGGGCCAAAUGGAAGAACAAGUUCCAAAGCCCUGCGGAUAUGCUCUCUGUUUUGCAUUCUAAAAAUUCCCAGGCCCUGGUCAGCAAUGUUGACUAUCGCCAUCACCUGCACCAGUGGACAUGCAUGCCUGACCAGAAUGAUGUGAUCCAGGCCAAGAAAGCCUAUGAGCUGCAGAGCGAUGCUGUUUACAAGGCUGACCUGGAGUGGUUACGUGGAAUUGGGUGGAUGCCAAAUGAUUCCGUUUCUGUCAAUCACGCCAAACAUGCUGCGGAUAUCUUCAGUGAGAAAAAAUAUCGCACAAAAAUAGAAACUCUCAACUUUACUCCUGUGGAUGACAGAGUUGACUAUGUGACAGCAAAGCAAAGUGGUGAGAUCCUCAAUGAUAUUAAAUACCGGAAAGAUUGGAAUGACAGCAAGUCAAAAUACACCCUCACAGAAACCCCCCUGCUGCACACUGCCCAAGAGGCUGCCCGGAUCCUGGACCAGUACCUCUACAAGGAAGGCUGGGAGAAACAGAAAGCUACAGGCUACAUCCUGCCUCCAGAUGCUGUGCCAUUUGUUCAUGCCCAUCACUCCGGUGAUGUCCAGAGUGAGCUGAAGUACAAAGCCGAACACGUGAAACAGAAAGGCCACUAUGUCGGUGUACCAACCAUGAGAGAUGACCCUAAGCUGGUUUGGUUUGAGCAUGCAGGCCAGAUCCAGAAUGAGAGACUCUACAAGCAGGACUAUCACAAAACAAAGGCCAAAAUCAAUAUUCCUGCAGACAUGGUGUCGGUCUUGGCAGCCAAGCAGGGGCAGGGCCUUGUCAGCGAUAUCGAUUACCGCAAUUACCUGCACCAGUGGACAUGUCAUCCUGACCAAAAUGAUGUAAUUCAGGCAAGAAAGGCCUAUGACCUACAGAGUGAUAAUGUCUACAAGUCUGACCUGGAGUGGCUCCGAGGCAUCGGCUGGAUCCCCUUGGACUCUGUGGACCAUGUGAGGGUCACUAAGAACCAGGAGAUGGUGAAUCAGAUAAAAUAUAAGAAAGAAGCUCUUGACAACUAUCCCAAUUUUACAAGUGUGGUGGAUCCUCCAGAGAUUGUUUUGGCCAAGAUUAAUGCAGUCAAUCAAAGUGAUGUAAAAUAUAAAGAAACAUUUAAUAAAGCCAAGGGCAAAUACACAUUUUCUCCAGACACACCAUAUAUUUCCCAUUCCAAGGACAUGGGAAAACUCUACAGCACUAUACUAUAUAAGGGGGCCUGGGAGGGAACCAAGGCCUAUGGCUACACCCUGGAUGAGCGUUAUAUUCCUAUUGUUGGAGCCAAGCAUGCUGACCUGGUGAACAGUGAGCUGAAAUACAAAGAGACAUAUGAGAAGCAGAAGGGCCAUUACCUGGCUGGAAAAGUGAUCAGUGAGUUCCCCAGCGUGGUUCAUUGUCUGGAUUUCCAGCAGAUGAGGAGUGCGUUGAACUACAGAAAACACUAUGAGGACACAAAAGCAAACGUUCAUAUCCCCAAUGACAUGCUGAAUCACGUGCUGGCUAAAAGGUGCCAGUACAUCCUCAGUGACCUGGAGUAUCGACACUACUUCCACCAGUGGACGUCUCUCCCGGAAGAGCCCAAGUUUAUGCACGCCCGAAACGCCCAGGAAAUUUUAAGUGAUAAUGUGUAUAAAGAUGACUUAAAUUGGCUGAGAGGCAUUGGCUGCUACGUUUGGGAUACACCUCAGAUCCUCCAUGCUAAGAAAUCAUAUGACCUCCAGAGUCAAAUCCAAUACACAGCAGCAGGUAAAGAAAAUCUACAAAACUAUAACCUGGUCACAGAUACACCAGUUUAUGUGACUGCUCUUCAAAGUGGCAUUAAUGCCAGCGAGGUGAAAUAUAAAGAAAACUAUCAUCAGAUUAAGGACAAAUACACCACAGUGCUAGAAACAGUGGAUUACGACAGGACCAAGAAUCUCAAGAGCCUUUAUAGCAGUAAUCUGUACAAGGAGGCCUGGGAUAAAGUGAAAGCCACCAGCUACAUUCUGCCAACCAGCACCUUGUCCCUGACGCAUGCCAAGAGCCAGAAACAUCUGGCCAGCCAUGUCAAGUACCGAGAAGAAUAUGAAAAGUUCAAAGCUCUUUAUACUUUACCAAAAAGUGUUGAAGAUGACCCAAACACAGCUCGGUGCCUCCGAGUGGGCAAGUUUAACAUUGACCGCCUGUACAGAUCAGUUUAUGAAAAGAACAAGAUGAAAAUCCACACUGUGCCUGAUAUGGUAGAGAUGGUUACUGCCAAGGACACUCAGAAGAAAGUCAGCGAGGUUGAUUACCGCCUGCACCUCCAUGAGUGGAUUUGCCACCCUGACUUACAAGUCAACAGUCACGUCCGGAAAGUCACGGAUCAGAUCAGUGAUAUUGUAUACAAGGAUGAUCUUACCUGGCUGAAAGGUAUAGGUUGCUAUGUCUGGGACACUCCUGAAAUCCUCCAUGCCAAGCAUGCUUAUGAUCUGCGAAAUGAUAUCAAGUACAAAGCUCAUGUGAUGAAAACGAGGAACGACUACCAUCUGGUCACUGACACACCGGUCUAUGUUCAGGCUGUCCAGAGCGGGAAGCAGCUAAGUGAUGCUGUUUACCACUAUGACUAUGUGCACAGUGUCAGAGGCAAAGUGGCACCGACUACCAAAACCGUGGAUCUGGACCGAGCUCUUCAUGCAUACAAGCUCCAGAGUGAGAAUCUAUACAAAACUGGCCUGCGCUUCCUGCCCACUGGGUAUCGGCUUCCAGUUGAUACGCCUCACUUCAAACACAACAAGGAUAUGCGAUACAUGAGUAGCUAUUUCAAGUACAAAGAAGUCUAUGAACACAUAAAGGCAAAUGGGUAUACACUUGGGCCCAAGGACGUUCCAUUUGUCCAUGUCCGGAGAGUCAACAAUGUUACUAGUGAGAGACUGUAUCGGGAACUGUACCACAAGCUGAAAGACAAGAUUCAUACAACUCCUGACACACCUGAAAUCCGCCAAGUCAAGAAGACUCAAGAAGCUGUCAGUGAAUUGAUCUACAAAUCGGACUUCUUCAAGAUGCAGGGUCACAUGAUCUCACUGCCCUACACACCCCAAGUGUUGCACUGCCGCUAUGUGGGAGACAUCACCAGUGACAUUAAAUACAAGGAGGACUUGCAGAUCUUAAGGGGACUUGGCUGCUUCCUGUACGACACUCCUGACAUGGUCCGUUCCCGACACCUGAAGAAGCUCUGGUCUAAUUACCUGUACACUGACAAUGCAAGGAAGAUGCGCGACAAAUACCAAGUGGUGCUGGACACUCCAGAGUACAGAAAAGUGCAAGAACUGAAGACACAUCUGAGUGAGCUGGUGUACAGAGCUUCAGGCAAGAAGCAGAAGUCCAUCUUCACUUCAGUUCCUGAUACUCCGGAUCUUUUAAGGGCCAAGCGAGGGCAGAAGCUUCAGAGUCAGUAUCUGUAUGUGGAACUUGCGACCAAAGAGAGGCCACAUCAUCAUGCUGGGAACCAGACGACAGCUCUGAAACAUGCCAAAGAUGUGAAGGACAUGGUCAGCGAGAAAAAGUACAAGAUUCAAUAUGAAAAGAUGAAGGACAAAUACACCCCGGUUCCAGAUACACCAAUACUCAUCAGAGCCAAGAGAGCCUACUGGAAUGCCAGCGAUCUACGCUACAAAGAAACAUUCCAAAAGACCAAAGGGAGAUACCACACUGUGAAGGAUGCUUUGGACAUUGUUUAUCAUCGUAAAGUUACAGAUGAUAUCAGUAAAGUGAAAUACAAGGAGAAAUACAUGAGCCAGCUGGGAAUCUGGAGGUCCAUUCCCGAUCACCCGGAGCAUUUCCACCACCGGGCAGUCACAGAUGCAGUCAGUGACGUAAAAUACAAAGAAGACCUGACCUGGCUCAAAGGCAUUGGCUGCUAUGCCUACGACACCCCUGACUUCACGCUGGCUGAACAAAACAAGACCCUCUACAGCAAGUAUAAAUACAAAGAGGUAUUUGAAAGGACGAAGUCAAAUUUCAAGUAUGUUGCUGACUGUCCAAUCAACAGACAUUUCAAGUAUGCAACUCAGUUGAUGAAUGAGAGAAAAUAUAAAUCUAGUGCCAAGAUGCUUCUGAAACAAGGAUGUAAUGAAAUUCUGCGUCCAGAUAUGUUGACUGCUCUCUACAACACACACAUGUGGAGCCAGAUCAAGUACAGGAAAAAUUAUGAAAAAUCAAAGGACAAAUUCACUUCUGUUGUGGACACUCCAGAACACCUACGUACUACAAAAGUCAACAAACAAAUCAGUGAUAUACUUUAUAAAUUGGAGUACAACAAGGCCAAGCCCAGAGGCUACACCACCAUCCACGACACGCCCAUGCUGCUGCAUGUCCGCAAGGUUAAAGAUGAAGUCAGUGAUCUCAAAUAUAAAGAAGUUUACCAAAGAAAUAAAUCUAACUGCACCAUUAAACCAGAUGCUGUUCAUAUCAAGGCAGCCAAGGAUGCCUACAAAGUGAACACCAAUCUGGACUACAAGAAACUGUAUGAGUCCAACAAAGCCUACUGGAAGUGGACGCCUGACCGACCAGACUUCAUCCAGGCUGCCAAGGCAUCUCUGCAGCAGAGCGACUUUGAAUACAAGUUGGACCGAGAGUUCCUCAAGGGCUGCAAGCUUUCUGUCACUGAUGACAAAGACAUGGUGCUGGCUCUCAGGAAUUCUGUGAUAGAAAGUGACCUGAAAUACAAAGAGAAACACGUCAAGGAAAGAGGAACCUGCCACGCUGUACCUGACACCCCUCAGGUCCUCCUCGCAAAGACUGUCAGCAGUCUGGUGUCUGAGAACAAGUACAAGAGCCAUGUCAAGAAGCACCUGGCCCAGGGCUCGUACACAACCCUGCCGGAGACCCGGGACACAGUUCAUGUCAAGAAAGUAACCAAGCAUGUCAGCGACACAAAUUACAAGAAGAAAUUUGUCAAGGAGAAGGGCAAGUCCAACUACUCCAUCAUGCAGGAGCCCCCAGAGGUGAAGCACGCCAUGGAAGUGGCCAAGAAGCAGAGUGACGUUGCUUACAAAAAAGAUGCCAAAGAGAACCUACAUUAUACCACAGUGGCUGAUCGGCCAGACAUCAAGAAGGCCACGCAAGCAGCCAAACAGGCCAGCGAGGUGGAGUACAGAGCCAAGCACCGUAAGGAAGGCAGUCAUGGCUUGAGCAUGCUUGGCCGGCCGGACAUUGAGAUGGCCAAGAAGGCAGCCAGGUUGAGCAGCCAGAUUAAAUACCGAGAAAACUUCGACAAAGAGAAGGGCAAGGCACCAAAAUACAAUCCAAAAGACAGCCAGCUCUAUAAAACCAUGAAAGAUGCUAAUAAUCUUGCAAGCGAGGUUAAAUACAAGGCCGACCUGAAAAAACUUCACAAGCCUGUGACAGACAUGAAGGAGUCUCUGAUCAUGAACCACGUCCUCAACACGAGCCAGCUCGCCAGCUCUUACCAGUACAAGAAGAACUACGAGAAGAGCAAAGGCCACUACCACACGAUCCCAGAUAACCUGGAGCAGCUGCACCUAAAAGAGGCCACAGAGUUACAGAGUAUAGUAAAAUACAAAGAAAAAUACGAAAAGGAGCGAGGAAAGCCCAUGUUGGACUUUGAGACACCUACAUACAUCACUGCCAAAGAAUCCCAGCAGAUGCAGAGUGGGAAAGAAUAUAGGAAAGAUUAUGAAGAGUCCAUUAAAGGCAGAAACCUAACAGGCCUGGAGGUCACGCCAGCUUUAUUACAUGUCAAAUAUGCAACCAAAAUAGCAAGUGAGAGAGAGUACAGGAAAGAUCUAGAGGAAAGCAUCCGGGGAAAGGGCCUCACUGAAAUGGAAGAUACUCCUGACAUGGUACGAGCAAAGAAUGCCACUCAGAUUCUCAAUGAGAAAGAAUAUAAGCGAGACCUGGAACUGGAAGUCAAGGGAAGAGGCUUGAAUGCCAUGGCCAAUGAAACUCCAGAUUUUAUGCGGGCCAAGAAUGCUACUGACAUUGCCAGCCAGAUUAAGUACAAGCAAUCAGCAGAAAUGGAAAAGGCCAAUUUCACCUCUGUGGUUGAUACUCCAGAGAUUAUUCAUGCCCAGCAAGUGAAGAACCUUUCGAGCCAGAAAAAGUACAAAGAAGAUGCAGAGAAGUCCAUGUCCUACUAUGAGACUGUUUUGGACACGCCAGAGAUGCAACGAGUCCGAGAAAACCAAAAGAACUUCAGCCUUCUCCAAUACCAGUGUGAUCUUAAAAACAGUAAAGGAAAAAUUACAGUUGUUCAAGACACGCCAGAAAUACUGCGUGUUAAAGAAAAUCAAAAGAAUUUCAGCUCGGUUUUGUAUAAAGAGGAUGUCUCUCCGGGAACGGCAAUCGGAAAGACACCUGAGAUGAUGAGAGUGAAGAAGACUCAGGACCACAUUAGCUCGGUGAAGUAUAAAGAAGCAAUUGGACAAGGAACUCCAAUCCCUGACCUGCCUGAAGUAAAACGUGUCAAGGAGACCCAGAAGCAUAUUAGCUCGGUUAUGUACAAAGAAAACUUGGGAACAGGCAUUCCAACCACUGUUACUCCAGAGAUUGAAAGAGUCAAACGCAAUCAAGAGAACUUUAGCUCGGUUUUGUACAAAGAAAAUUUGGGGAAAGGAACCCCUACAGCUAUCACUCCAGAGAUGGAGAGAGUCAAACGCAAUCAAGAGAACUUUAGCUCGAUAUUGUACAAAGAAAAUCUGAGCAAGGGGACCCCCCUUCCUGUCACUCCUGAGAUGGAGCGAGUCAAACGCAAUCAAGAAAACUUUAGCUCGGUAUUGUAUAAAGAGAACCUCGGAAAAGGGAUUGCAAUCCCCAUCACUCCAGAGAUGGAGAGAGUCAAACACAAUCAAGAAAAUUUUAGUUCGGUAUUAUACAAAGAAAACCUGGGGACAGGGAUUCCAAUCCCCAUCACUCCUGAGAUGCAGAGAAUCAAACACAAUCAAGAAAACAUUAGCUCGGUNCUAUACAAGGAAAACAUGGGCAAGGGAACCCCUUUACCUGUCACUCCAGAGAUGGAGAGAGUCAAGCACAAUCAAGAAAACAUUAGCUCGGUUUUGUACAAAGAAAAUGUGGGGAAAGCCACCCCCACCCCAGUCACUCCAGAGAUGCAGAGAGUCAAACGCAAUCAAGAAAACAUUAGCUCGGUGCUAUACAAAGAGAACAUGGGGAAAGCAACCCCCACACCCUUUACUCCUGAGAUGGAAAGAGUCAAACGCAAUCAAGAAAAUUUUAGCUCGGUAUUGUACAAAGAAAAUAUGAGAAAAGCAACUGCAACACCUGUUACUCCAGAGAUGGAGCGAGCUAAGCGCAACCAAGAAAACAUUAGCUCGGUUCUUUAUUCUGACAGCUUCAGGAAGCAAAUACAAGGCAAAGCUGCCUAUGUCUUAGACACCCCUGAAAUGAGACGGGUGAGGGAAACCCAACGGCACAUCUCCACGGUGAAAUACCAUGAAGACUUUGAAAAACACAAAGGUUGCUUCACUCCAGUGGUGACAGAUCCCAUCACUGAACGAGUAAAGAAGAACACACAGGACUUUAGUGACAUUAACUACCGAGGUAUUCAGAGAAAAGUGGUAGAAAUGGAACAAAAACGGAAUGACCAGGAUCAGGAGACUAUUACAGGUUUGCGUGUCUGGCGUACGAACCCUGGUUCAGUUUUUGAUUAUGAUCCAGCAGAAGACAAUAUUCAGUCUCGAAGCUUACACAUGAUUAAUGCCCAAGCUCACCGCCGGAGCCGGGAACAGUCUCGAUCUGCUAGUGCUCUGAGUAUUAGUGGUGGGGAGGAGAAAUCUGAGCACUCGGAAGCUGCCGACCACCGUCUCUCCACCUACAGUGAUGGAGGCGCCUUUUUCUCUACAACUUCCACAGGUUACAGACAUGUGAAAACCACGGAGCUCCCACAACAGAGAUCAUCCUCAGUUGCUACCCAGCAGACAACUUUAUCUUCUAUCCCGUCUCAUCCCUCUACUGCUGGAAAAAUCUUCCGUGCAAUGUACGACUAUAUGGCUGCAGAUGCAGACGAGGUGUCCUUCAAAGACGGAGAUGCUAUUGUAAAUGUUCAAGCUAUUGAUGAAGGGUGGAUGUAUGGCACCGUGCAGAGGACUGGAAGGACCGGCAUGCUCCCAGCAAACUACGUUGAAGCUAUUUAAGCACCUCAGGAAAGCCCAUGUCUGCAGGACCUACAACACUGCAGCCAGUAUUUCAGCUUAGACCACUGUCACCCAAGUUGUGAAGCUGCCUAAUAGAUUUAUUUAUGUGCUGAUAUGUAUGGCAAUACCAUCCACUUACCUUUUUUCCUUUACAAAUUCUAAUGAUUGUUAGAUAAAACAAAUGUUAGUAUCAUUGACCUGGCUAGUUUUUAAAACUACCUUUUGGACUUGCGAGCUCUUUAUUUUUAAAAGUUCCAUAAUCAGACUUCCUUUGAUAAACAUGCCAAACAUACUGGAGAAAAUUGGCAGAGAUGCUUUCAUCUGUUCCUUGCUUACUAAAUCCUUAUGCCUGUGCUUCUAAUAUAGUUCUGCAGCUAUUAAGGUGACAGUCAAUAUAAAUUGGUGAUGAACUGGUAACUAAUAAACUCUGUAAUUCUGCUACAAACUCUGCUGACUGAACUU